CUCUCUGUUUCCACGUGGAUAGAUCGUGUUGAUCUUGCUCUGCGAGGUGCGAAGGAAUCCGGGAGAGGCCAGUGGUCAGGCAAAGCGCUGUAUUACAUCCUCGGAAACAAGUUGAUGGAGGACGCGGCCAGAUGGUGGGUGAACAUGAAUCGCCGUCUGCCCGAGCGACAGCGAACGUGGAAGAAUUUGAAGAAGGCGCUACUUCGCCGCUACGGUGAGCGGAAGGAUAAGUCAGCAGCCGAAUGGCGCGUGGGGAUGCGACCGAUGAUGCCGGGCGAGACGUACGCCGACUUCGCAGCGGGUCUACGCGACGUCGUGGGCAUUAACAACGUGCGUGAACGAGUUCUGUUGGCACAGUUUUAUCGUUGCCUCGAUAAGACAACGAGGAAGUUGGUGAAGCAGGCACCGAGGCCUAAGACGCUCGAGGAGGCCGUGGAUAAGGCCACGGAGAUUGACGACCCUGUCGACAAUGUCGCACAAGGAAUGAUGAACAUCGGAUUACAGUGGGCUACGGCGCCGCAACCGUACCUGAUACCGAUGAUGGGGACGAGCGGCCAGACGAUUCCAGGCAUCGGCGGCAUGGGGUUGCCGGCCGAGAUGUUGGGCAACGCGCACGAAACCAAGGGCGUGAUGACGAGGAAGGAGAUGGAGCACGUGGCUCUAUUCACCAACCCGCAGGGCGUGUACAACAAGGCUACGGGCACCUGGGAUCCACCUCCAGGUCAUGUCUGGAAUGGA